AUGAAUGGGAAAUGGAAAAGCAAGCAGGCACACGUUGAGGACAGCAGCCAGGGUCGGAACCCUUGGGCUCGGGCUCUGGACUGGCUGGGUUUCUCCACCUGCAGAAGGACCAGCUCACCUCAUCAUGCCCACCCUCCAAGACCUGAAGAGCAGGAAGCAAAGGCUCCUGGAGCCACCCAGCUUGCCACCAGAGGAAGGUGCAGUGCAAAAGGCACAGGGGAGUGUGUGCUGCCACAGAGGAGCAGGAGGCUCCCGGAUGCCAUGGUGGUCGCUGGCCCCUUGGGGCAGCAGCUGAGCAGCCUCAUCCUCUUCACCCGUGAUAAUUUUGAGGAAGAAUGGCACCUAGUAGCCAGUGGUGGCUUCAGCAAGGUGUUCCAGGCAAGACACAAGCACUGGAGGACCCAGUAUGUCACCAAGUGACUCCAGAAGGAAACCACCAAGAUGAUGUUUGAACACCCCUCUUUGCCCCCAUCCUUUCAGGGUGAUUUGCCCCUUGAAGAAGCAGUCGAAAUGGAGAAGAUUAAGUUUCAACACAUCGUAUCCAUCUAUGGGGUGUGCAAGCAGCCCCUGGGCCUGGUGAUGGAGUUCAUGGCCAAUGGUUCCCUGGAGAAGACACUACCUACCCACAGCCUCUGCUGGCCACUCAAGCUCCGCAUCAUACACGAGACCAGCUUGGCCAUGAACUUCCUCCACAGUAUCAAGCUACUCCUGCUCCACCUGGAUCUUAAGCCAAGCAACAUCCUGCUGGACAACAACAUGCAUGUCAAGGUUUCAGAUUUUGGCCUGUCCAAGUGGAUGGAGCAGUCAACUCAGAAGCAGUACAUUGAGAGGUCAGCUCUGAGGGGCACACUGAGCUACAUCCCUCCUGAAAUGUUUCUGGAGAAUAACAAGGCUCCAGGGCCUGAAUGUGAUGUGUACAGUUUUGGGAUUGUCAUCUGGGAAAUUCUCACUCAGAAGAAACCCUAUGCAGGGCUCAAUAUGACGACCAUUAUCAUUCAGGUAGCUGCAGGCAUGAAGCCCUCCUUGCAGGAUGUGUCUGCUGAGUGGCCAGAGGAGGCUCAUCAGAUGGUGGACUUGAUGAAGCUUUGCUGGGACCAAGACCCCAAGAAGAGGCCCUGCUUCCUAAAUGUGACCAUCAAGACAGACAUGUUGCUGUCCCUGUUCCAGAGCCCUGUGGCAGACCCUGAGGGUGAAGCCCUGACCCUGAAGGUAUCUUGCAAGCCAUCACUGAGCCAGCCCCAUAAGGUCAGCAAGGAGGUCAACGGGGAGGUUGCAGACAGUGACUCUGGUGACUCCUUGAAGUGGAUCCUACAGUUCUCAGACAGCAAGAGCUUGGUCCCAAGCGAUGUCAAUGAGAACAGAGUGACUCCCCUCCACUUUCUAGUGGCCAGCUUGGAACAAGUGAGGCUGCUGCUCUCCCAUGGGGUUGAUGUGGACUGCCAGACAGCCUCUGGCUAUACACCACUGCUCAUUGCCACCCAGGACCAGCAGUCCGACCUCUGUGCCCUGCUCCUGGCACAUGGGGCUGAUACCAACUUGGCAGAUGAAGAUGGCUGGGCUCCAGUGCAUUUUACAGCCCAGAAUGGGGAUGACCACACUGUCCAUCUGCUCCUGAACCACAGGGCCCUGGUGAAUGCACAGGAGCACAAGGGCUGGACCCCACUCCACCUGGCUGCACAGAAUAACUUUGAGAAUGUGGCAUGGCUUCUGAUCUCCUGCCAGGCUGACCUUAGCCCACGUGAGCCUGAGGACAAGACACCCCUCCAUGUUGCGCGCUUUGGCCACAUUGGCUUGGUCAAGCUGCUGACAAGACAGGGGGCUGAGCUGAAUGCUCAGCAGAGAAACCUGAGGGCAACCCUGCACCUGGCAGUGGAGAGGGGCAAAGUGAGAGCCAUUCAGCACCUGCUAAAACAUGGGGCACUCCCUGAUGCGCUUGACCUCAGCGGCUACAAUCCUUUGCACGUUGCUGCAGCCAGGGGCAAGUACCUUAUCUUUAAGAUGCUUCUCAAAUAUGGAGUCAGCCUUGAGCUACGCACUCAACAAGGACGGACACCCCUGCACCUAGCAACUUACAAGGGCCACCUGGAGAUCAUCCUUCUGUUGGCCAAGAGCCAUGCAGACCUAGAUGCUCUUGGAAGUAUGCAAUGGCCUCCCCUGCACCUGGCUGCCUUCCGUGAGGAGGAGGGGGUGAUGCUGGCACUGCUGCAAUGAGGGGCCAAUCUCAAUGCUGCCGAGCAGUCAGGCUGGACUCCUCUCCACCUGGCAGUGCACGAAGGGACCUUCCUGGGCAUUGUCCACCUUCUGGAGUAUGAUGCCGAUGUCCAUGCUUGCAACAAGGUGGGGUGGACACCUGCCCACCUGACUGCUCUCAAGGGCAACACAGCCAUCCUCAAAGUUCUAGUCAAAGCUGGUGUGCAACUGGAUGUUAAGGAUGGAGUUGGCUGCACACCACCCCUGCAGCUGGCCCUCCACAGCCCAAAGCAGAGCAUAGUGACCUUAUUGAAGUGCAAGAAGCUUCUGGAAGGUUCUGAGCCUGGACCCCAGAUAGAAGAUUAG